GUUGAUUUGGGGAUUAACUUAAAGUAUAGUAGUAACGUGUACUUACCCCUACAAGCUUUAUAAGGCAGGUCUGUUUCUGUGUCACUGUUCAGAGUUGCUCUCAGAAUAUGGGACCAAAACAGACUCACAUGCAUGAAGUCCAGCAGGCCAGCUUUCUGCUGAGGGCUGCUCUGCUGUGCAUCCUGCUGAGUGGCCUGCAGCACGUGCUGGCAGACUCAGAUGAGGAGGCCCCGACUGAGUGGCAGAUCUGGAAAAGCAGAUAUGGCAUAAGCUAUGAUGAAUUAGAUGACAUGGAAAGGAGAGUCAUCUGGGAGGAGAAUAAGCAGUUGAUUGAAGACAACAACCGAAGGUUUCUCAUGGGGAUGAAGUCAUUCAGUAUGGCCAUGAACAAAUAUGGAGACCUAACACAACAAGAAUACCGGGUUUUGCAAGGUGCCAAGAUGAAUGCUCAGUUUGUAAAGAGAGGGAAAGAAGUCUCAGCUCGAAGACUGCGUAACAGUGCAAGGCAUUUAGAUGGCUUUGCUGUUGACUACAGAAGCAUGGGUUUUGUGACUGAGGUUAAAGAUCAGGGCUUUUGUGGGUCAUGCUGGGCCUUCAGCACUACGGGAGCUAUAGAGGCACAGCUGUACAAAAAGACAGGUCAGCUGAUAUCCUUGAGCGAACAAAACUUGAUGGACUGUUCUAAAUCCUUUGGUACCUAUGGGUGCAGUGGUGCCUGGAUGGCCAAUGCUUAUGACUAUGUGGUUAGCAACGGGCUGGAGUCUUCAAACACCUACCCAUACACCUCAGUGGACACUCAGCCCUGUUUCUAUGACAGCAGGCUUGCAGUUGCUCACAUCAGGGACUACAGGUUCAUUCCCAGGGGAGAUGAGCAAGCUAUGGCUGAUGCUCUGGCAACUAUUGGACCAAUAACAGUUGCUAUUGAUGCAGAUCAUGCAAGCUUCCUGUUCUACAGCUCAGGAAUAUAUGAUGAGCCCAACUGCAACCCCAAUAAUCUGAAUCAUGCAGUGCUGCUGGUCGGCUAUGGCUCACAGGAAGGCCAAGACUACUGGAUCAUCAAGAACAGUUGGGGAACUGGCUGGGGUGAAGGCGGCUAUAUGCGAAUCGUCCGGAAUGGCCAAAAUGCUUGUGGCCUCGCCAGCUACGCCUUGUACCCUAUUCUAUGAUUUAAUAAGAUGUGGGAGUCUCAAGGCUAUGCUCUUCCAUUGGACCUCAUCUCCACAAAACAACAGUCAGUGCUCAUACAGCCCAAAUCACCUUUCUGACAGUUUAAUAAAUGUUUAUGAAAAUAUUGACCAAACCUUUUGAUAAUGAACAUGUCACUUCUCUCAGGGACAUCUUUGUGAGGUAAAUAAAUAAAUAUAGUAAAAUAACUUUUUUAAAGGAAUGCAACCCUGUUUCCAAAAAUGUUUAGGCAUUGAGCAGAAUACAAUGAUUUACAAAUCACGUUAUGUUUGCAAUGUUAUUGCUUUUUGAAAAAUAUGUGAU